AUGAGUGGUGUCUUGAGAUUAGGACAAUAUCUGGUGGGAAGUGCUCCGCGGGUCACACGCCUAUUGACUCGCGAACCAUGCGUUCAACGGUUGUCUCGAUGCCAGCAAUCGGUGGCCACCGCUCACCGACCCGUCGUCAACAUCCCGGAGACCAAAGUGUCGACCCUUAGGAACGGCAUCCGAGUGGCCACCGAGGACUCCGGUAUCCCCACGUGUACUGUCGGCUUCUGGAUAGACGCUGGCAGUCGAUACGAGACCCCCGAGACCAAUGGUGUCGCCCACUUCCUCGAGCACAUGGCCUUCAAGGGCACGACCAACAGGUCUCAGACGCAACUGGAACUGGAGAUCGAGAAUAUGGGCGCACAUCUGAACGCAUAUACUUCACGGGAACAGACCGUAUAUUACGCCAAAUGUCUGUCCAAAGACAUACCCAACGCCAUGGAGAUAUUGGCGGACAUUCUUCAGCACUCAAAGUUCGGAACCGAUGAGAUAGAGAGGGAACGGUCGGUGAUUCUGCGAGAGAUGCAAGAAGUGGAGACCAAUCUUCAGGAGGUGGUCUUCGAUCACUUGCAUUCAGUGGCCUAUCAGUCGACGCCAUUGGGAAUGACUAUAUUGGGUCCCACGGAGAACAUCAAGAAGAUUCAGCGCCAGGACCUCAUCGACUACAUCAGUGGCCACUAUAGAGGACCGCGACUGGUAUUGGCCGCCGCUGGCGGUGUCGAUCACCAGCAGUUGGUAGACCUCUGUAAUCACUACUUCGGGAAUAUCAAGGGAGUGGUGGACGAGUCGAAUCUGAAGGCGUGUCCGUUCGUGGGCUCCGACAUCCGCGUCAAAGACGACUCCAUGCCUUUGGCUCACGUGGCCAUCGCUGUGGAGACAAUCGGAUGGGCCAACCCGGACAACAUCGCCCUAAUGGUGGCCAACACACUGAUCGGGUCGUGGGAUCGGUCGCAGGGCUCGGGCUCUAACUGUUCGUCAUAUAUGGCGCUGUCAUCGGCUGAGCACAACCUCUGCCACACUUUCCAAGCGUUCAACACCUGCUAUAAAGAUACCGGUCUUUGGGGCGUCUAUUUUGUGGCCGAAAAGCAAACUCUCGAAGAGUUUGUCUGGCAUUUGGGUAACCAAUGGAUGCAAUUGUGUAAUGAUGUGACCGAUGAGGACGUGUCCAGAGCUAAGGACCUGUUGAAGACGAAUAUGUUGUUACAGUUGGACGGCUCGACCCCUAUUUGCGAAGACAUCGGCCGCCAAAUGUUGUGUUACGGGCGACGCAUACCUCUGCCCGAAAUGGAGGCCCGAAUAGAGGCCGUCAACGCAGAUAUCGUGCGAAGG